AUGUCUCUCGCCAAGGCCCCCGCCGCAUGCUGCACUGUUGGCAGCUUGCACGAAGGUACCCCCACCGGCCAGGAGCUCAAGGUCGGCAAGUACGAUGCCUACCUGGCCACGCCCCCGGAGGGCAAGGCCAAGAAGGACGCCGGCGUUCUGUUCGUCCCCGACAUCAUCAGCAUCUGGCAGAACAGCAAGCUGCUGGCCGACCAGUACGCUGCCAACGGCUACGUCACCCUGAUCAUUGACGUCUUCAACGGCGACGCCCUGUCGCUCAACCGCCCCGCCGACUUUGACUUCAUGGGCUGGCUCACCAAGGGCAGCACCGGCGACAACCCCCACACCAAGGAGUACGUCGACCCCAUCGUCAAGGAGGGCAUCAAGUACCUCAAGGAGCAGAAGGGCGUCAAGAAGCUGGGUGCCGUCGGCUACUGCUUCGGUGCCAAGAUUCAGCCGCUGAUAGUCCCGUCUCUGCAGUACGUCGCACGCCACUACCCCGACAUCAGCGUCGGCUUCUUCGCACACCCCUCGUUCGUUGACGAGGAGGAGCUUGCCGGCUUCAAGGGCCCGCUGUCCAUCGCUGCCGCCGAGACCGACGAGAUCUUCCCAGCCGAGAACCGCCACAAGGCCGAGGUCAUCCUCGCCAAGGGCGGCCUGCCCUACCAGAUCAACCUGUACAGCCAGGUCGAGCACGGCUUCAGCGUCCGCUGCGACAUCAGCAAGAAGAUCCAGAAGUACGCCAAGGAGCAGGCCUUCAUCCAGGCUGUCACCUGGUUCGACACCUGGUUGAUCGACGAGUGA